UGUGUGCUAUACUGGCUGAUGGACUCUUCCAUUUCUCGUAUCACGGCGCUAGCUGGAUAUACUAUUACACUGGGAUGAUCGGCUUGCUUCUCAAGAGCUUGUACACUUAAUCUUAUGCUUGUGAUUGCCUGGGGCACAGACGCCUCUAAAGGACCGCUUUCCAUGGCACCUGAAGAAUAAAAAGGUGGAAUCCCCAGAUCCGUGGAAUUCGGUAUUCCUUAGAACUGCACAGGAUUACACUAAACAACAUGACUCAUGAGAGCACAAUGGACUGCUGCUGUUGACCCUGCUAUUGGAUAUUCUUGAUCUUUGCUGAAGAGGAUUUUUGAAACAAUUUUCUCCAUUAAGCUUAAAAAAAACACUGACAUUUUAUUGCAAAGGUCCAACACAAAAUGGAGGAUGGCUACAGAAACAAUUCAAACUUUUACCAAGGAGCACGAGAUAUAGCUAGAGAAGUAAAGAGACAGACCAGUAACCAAGCCAUGGAUGAUUACUCACGGUACCAAGAUAACACACAUGGAGGAUAUUCAUCAAAUGAUGGCUAUUAUCACAGUGGAGAGCAUGUCAACCAGGAUGAGGAUGCCCAGAGCGAUGCCACAGAGGGACAUGAUGAAGAUGAUGAGAUAUAUGAAGGAGAGUAUCAGGGUAUACCACAUCCUGAUGAUGCAAGGGCCCAGCAUAAGGAUUCAGCCAUAAGGGAUGAAUUAAGAGACCAUGCUGACAUUAUGGCAGAGCGGAAGGAGGAUGAAGAGCAGUUGGCUUACCAAUAUGAAAACAUAAUUCAGGAAUGUGGGCAUGGGCGUUUCCAGUGGACCCUCUUCUUUGUUUUAGGGCUUGCCUUGAUGGCUGAUGGAGUGGAAGUCUUUGUAGUUGGAUUUGUGCUUCCCAGUGCUGAGAAGGACAUGUGUUUAUCGCGCUCAAACAAAGGAAUGUUGGGUUUAAUAGUAUACCUGGGAAUGAUGCUUGGUGCAUUUGUCUGGGGUGGACUGGCAGAUAAGCUGGGCAGGAAGAAAUGUCUCCUCAUCUCACUGACCAUCAAUGCUACCUUUUCAUUUGUGUCCUCCUUCGUCCAGGGUUAUGGAUUCUUCCUUUUCUGCCGCCUUAUUUCUGGAUUUGGUAUUGGAGGUUCCCUUCCCAUUGUGUUUGCCUAUUUCUCUGAAUUCUUGGCUCGUGAGAAGAGAGGGGAGCACUUAAGCUGGCUUUGCAUGUUCUGGAUGAUUGGAGCGAUCUAUGCAUCAGCAAUGGCUUGGAGCAUCAUCCCACACUAUGGAUGGGGCUUCAGUAUGGGAACUCGCUAUCAUUUCCAUAGCUGGAGAGUGUUUGUGGUUGUAUGUGUCCUGCCCUGCUUAGCCUCUAUUAUUGCCCUAAAGUUCAUGCCGGAAAGUCCUCGCUUCUUACUGGAGGCAGGUAAACAUGAUGAAGCUUGGAUGAUACUAAAGAAGAUUCAUGACACUAAUAUGAGAGCAAAAGGAGAACCAGAAAAAGUUUUUACGGUCUCCAAUAUUAAGACACCAAAACAACUAGAUGAAUUUAUUGAAAUUCAAAGUUCAACUGGGACAUGGUUUCAGCGCUGGAUUGUGAGGCUCAUGACUGUUGUGAAACAAGUAUGGGAAAACAUGUUGUAUUGCUUUUCUGGACAGUAUAGAAAGAACACCAUAUUUCUGGCUGUAGUUUGGUUCACCAUGUCAUUAAGCUACUAUGGGCUUACAGUCUGGUUUCCAGACACAAUCCGCUACCUACAAGAAGAAGCCUAUGCAGGCAGAGUGAAAAGAUUUGAAGACGAACAUGUAAAGAAUUUUGUGUUCAAUUUCACACUUGAAAACCAAGUACACAUAGAUGGAACAUACUACAAUGAUAAGUUCUACAAGAUGAAACUGAAAUAUGUCACAUUUGAGGACUGUGUUUUUGAUGAGUGCUACUUUGAAGAUGUCACCUCAGCUGGAACGAUCUUUAAGAACUGCACUAUAAAAUUCUCUUACUUCCAUAACACAGAUCUCUAUGAGCACAGGUUCACGGACUGCACCUUAAUAAACAAUACUUUCUCCAAUCACAAAGAGGAUUGCGACAUUGACUUUGAGGAAGAUAAUGAUUUUCUUAUUUAUCUGGUCAGUUUUCUUGGAAGUUUAUCUGUAUUACCUGGAAAUAUUAUCUCAGCCCUCCUUAUGGAUAAAAUUGGAAGGAUAAGAAUGAUUGCUGGCUCCAUGCUCAUCUCAGCAGUUUGCUGCUUCUUCCUGUUCUUUGGUAACAGCGAGUCUGCGAUGAUUGGCUGGCAGUGCCUGUUCUGUGGAACCAGUAUAGCAGCGUGGAAUGCCUUGGAUGUUAUCACUGUAGAGCUCUAUCCCACAAAUAAAAGAGCAACAGCAUUUGGCAUCUUGAAUGGUCUGUGCAAGCUGGCUGCUAUAUUUGGAAACUCCAUCUUUGCUUCUUUUGUUGGCAUAACAAAAGUCGUUCCGAUUCUCCUUGCAUCCACAGCCCUUGUAGGUGGUGGCCUUAUAUCUCUUCGACUACCUGAAACACGAGAACUUGUCCUCAUGUAAAUACAUACAAAGGAACACAUUAUUGAGACCUUUCAGUGAAAGUGCUAUAGCGACAGAAGAUUUGGGUACAGAACUCCUGCAAGCUGUUACAGUUACAGCCAAAUGAAUCAUCGGACGUAUUAGCACAAUCAUCAUCAUGGUCAUCACUGCUCAAGCAAAUCUGAAAAUCCUGGCAGAUAGCCAAUGCUGUUUUCUCUCCUGACUAUUGAUACAUUUGUGUUUUAGUUUAUUUUUAUAUUGUCAUUGAUUGAACAUAAUGUAUAGAAUUGUAUCUUGUAAUAACAGGGUUUCAGAAAUACCCUACUACUGUUAUUUAAAUAUGAGUAAAAUAUUAUCCUAUAGACACUAUAACUUAAGUUGUAUAUUGUCAACCUUGGAAAAUUAUUAGUUCUUUUCCAGAACAUCUUAUUGGAACGCGUACAAACACUAAAUUAUAGGGACUGAAU